AUGGAGCGGAGUUACCUGUUGGCCAUGGCUUUCCUGCCGCUCUUGCUGCCCGCCUGGUCGCCGCUGCAGCCGCGCUCUAGCUGCGUCGCCUCGGCCGCUUCUGCUGCGGCCGCCGCCGCUGGCGGCGGUGCUUCGUCGUCUUCGUCUUCCGCGGCGGCGGCGGCGGCGGCGGGGGCGUCCGCCUCCGCCUCGUCGGCCAAGGAGCUGUCGUGCCAGGAGAUCACGGUGCCGCUGUGCAAAGGCAUCGGCUACAACUACACCUACAUGCCCAACCAGUUCAACCACGACACGCAGGACGAGGCGGGGCUGGAGGUGCACCAGUUCUGGCCCCUGGUGGAGAUCCAGUGCUCGGCGGACCUGCGCUUCUUCCUGUGCAGCAUGUACACGCCCAUCUGCCUGGAGGACUACAAGAAGCCGCUGCCGCCCUGCCGCAGCGUGUGCGAGCGGGCCAAGGCCGGCUGCGCGCCCCUCAUGCGCCAGUACGGCUUCGCCUGGCCCGACCGCAUGCGCUGCGACCGCCUGCCCGAGCAAGGCAACCCGGACACGCUUUGCAUGGACUACAACCGCACCGAUCUCGCCACGGCCGCGCCGCCUCCCGCGCCGCCGCAGCAGCCCAAGCCUCCCCACCGCAAGCCCGGCGGAGGCGGCGCGGCCAGGAUCCCGGGCGCCGCCGUGCCUCUGCCGCCGCCGCCGCCGCCCGCCGAGCCUCCCCUGCGCAAGGCCCGCCCGCCUGCGCCCUGCGAGCCCGGCUGCCAGUGCCGGGCGCCCAUGGUGUCGGUCUCCAGCGAGCGCCACCCGCUCUACAACCGCGUCAAGACGGGCCAGAUCGCCAACUGCGCCCUGCCUUGCCACAACCCCUACUUCAGCCCGGACGAGCGCGCCUUCACCGCCUUCUGGAUCGGCUUGUGGUCCAUCCUGUGCUUCAUCUCCACCUUCGCCACCGUCUCCACUUUCCUCAUCGACAUGGAGCGCUUCAAGUACCCGGAGCGGCCCAUCAUCUUCCUCGCCGCCUGCUACCUCUUCGUCUCCUUGGGCUACCUGGUGCGGCUGGUGGCCGGCCACGAGAAGGUGGCGUGCAGUGGCGGGGCAGCGGCAGCGGGAGCAGGUCCGGCGGGCACGGCAGGGGGCGCUGCAGGAGCCGCCGCCGCUGCCGUGGGAGGGCGUGGGGCGGCAGGGGGCGCCACUGAGCUCCAGCCGGAACUAGCCGUGGCGGAGCACGUGCGCUACGAGAGCACCGGCCCGGCGUUGUGCACGGUGGUCUUCUUGCUGGUGUACUUCUUCGGCAUGGCCAGCUCCAUCUGGUGGGUCAUCCUCUCCCUCACCUGGUUCCUGGCAGCCGGCAUGAAAUGGGGCAACGAAGCCAUUGCAAGCUAUGCCCAGUACUUCCACCUGGCGGCUUGGCUGCUGCCCAGCGUCAAAUCCAUUGCUGUGCUGGCGCUCAGUUCAGUGGACGGGGACCCUGUGGCGGGCAUCUGCUAUGUGGGCAACCAGAGCCUGGAGAACUUGCGGGGCUUCGUGCUGGCCCCCUUGCUCAUCUACCUGGCCAUCGGCUCCAUGUUCCUGCUGGCCGGCUUUGUGUCACUCUUCCGCAUCCGGAGCGUCAUCAAGCAGCAGGGGGGGCCCACCAAGACGCACAAACUGGAGAAGCUCAUGAUCCGCCUGGGCCUCUUCACGGUGCUCUACACGGUGCCAGCCGCCAGCGUGGUGGCCUGCCUCUUCUACGAACAGCACAACCGCCCCCGCUGGGAAGCCACCCACAACUGCCCCUGCCUUCGGGACCAGCAGCCCGACCAGGCCCGCCGCCCGGACUACGCGGUUUUCAUGCUCAAGUACUUCAUGUGCCUUGUGGUGGGCAUCACGUCCGGAGUGUGGGUGUGGUCGGGGAAGACUCUGGAGUCCUGGAAAGCGCUUUGCACCCGCUGCUGCUGGGCCAGCAAGGGGACCGCGGCCGCUGCCGCGGGGGCCAUCGGAGCCGUGGGCGGAGUCGGAGGGGGCAUGGUGACUGCUGCCGUGGGGGGCGGCCUCGGGGGCGGCGGGGGCUCCAUGUACAGUGACGUCAGCACCGGCUUGACGUGGAGGUCUGGCACCGCCAGCUCGGUUUCGUACCCGAAACAGAUGCCAUUGUCCCAGGUGUAAAAGGGGGAGUGACGAGAGGAGGGGGAGGGGAUGCAGCUAACUCUCACUCCCUGCCUCCCCCUUCAUAAAUGAACUUCCUAAUGGCCUCCUCGUGUGCAGGACAGUGCAACUGCAGGAGGCUCCCAAGUGCCACACCAGCUCCCUCGGGGCCCUACCUUUCCCCUAACUCCUCGCCUUUCAUCCACGGAGCCCACUGUUCUUCAAGGCACCAGCUGAUCUUGUCCAGACCUGAACUGUCUUAAGUUGCUCCUUCAGCUCACAGGAGUCCCCUCCGUUUGCCCUUUCUCCUUCCUUCAUACUCAGAGAUGACCCUCUCGAAGAAAGGAAGGAAGGCGUCUGAUAGGACUGCAGGGCUUUGGGGGGAGACUUUUAAAGAAUUUCCUUUUUAUUAAUAAGAGAAAGAAAGAAAGAAACUGGCAGAUGCCUUAAACACAUUCAAACCAUGUCUUAAUUAUACACCCCAAAUAAAUACGGGUUUCUUAUGUUAAAGGAUGUAUUUAUAUAAUUAUUUGGUACCUUGUGCAAAAUGUGUAAAAUAUGUAUAUAAUCCAAAUGCUAUACAGUCUGUAAAUUUUUUUUGUUAAAAAAAAGUUUAGAGGCUUCCCAUCACUGCUCCUUCCUAAGAGCAAAUAUUUGAGUAUUCUAUUUUGUCAAUAAAAUAAUGAUAAAUGAUAAAUUGUUUGAGAAG